UUGUUGAGAAAUGGGUCACAAGACUGGAAGGCCAGACGGAUUCUGAUGUCUGGUUCAAAUCAGUCAUACCUGACCUCCGCAGUUUUAUCCAUCGACCCUUUGGUGACACAAACUUCUUCCUAACUCAAUUCUUUAGUGGUCACGGGAAUUUCCGGGACUAUCUUCACAGGUUUAAAUUGACCCCUGAUGACCUAUGCCCUAUGCCUAAUUGUAAUAGUAGAGAUUCUCCCGAGCACACCUUCUACCACUGCUCCUUCUUCCUCUCGGAACGCAGUUUGCUGAACGCUUCUCUAGGGGCUGUUUUUGCUCUCGCCUCAACUCAAGAUCUUCUUCUUUCAUCGCAAGACAACUGGAAUCACAUCUCUUCUUAUAUCGAGAAAGUCCUAAGAUUGAAAUCAAACCAGCAGCCGUCCCUCCACCCAGACCAACCACCCCCACCCCC